UCUGCUCUGAGCAAACAUGUACAAUCCCUCCCACUGGCCACUCUUUUCCUUGUUAACGACUCAUUUAGUCUCCGAUUCAGGACAAGACUAACGGAAAGGAUGCAUGUGAAAAAGCUCCUCAUCUGGCUGACGUACACUGUGGCUGUUGCCAUCUCCACAUCGUUGGCUUUCAGUAUUGGUACAACAACCCCCUACAUCCUCACAACAGAACAAAAAGAGCUUCUCAGAAUCAAAGUGCUUCACGAGUCAUCUGCCAGCAAUAACGGAGAACUUCCACCCCAGCAGCUAAAUGGAUCACAUGGAUACCAGUCUGAGCCACAGCAAACCCACCAGUGCCUCAUCAUCCCAGAACACAGGAAGAAGACUGUGGACCUUGUCUUUCUGUUUGAAGGAUCAGAGAGUAUGACUGAGGAAGAGUUCAAUAAAAAUAAGGAUUUCAUAAAGAAUAUUAUUGACAGCCUUAAGAACUCAUCAAUCAAGUUUGCAGCAGUUCAGUUUUCCUCAUAUCCCAGACUGGUCUUUGACUUCAAUGAUUAUGUUGCUGGCACUGCUCUUGAUAAACUUCAGAAGGAACCUCACAUGAGGCAACUCACCAACACACACAAAGCUCUCACGUUUGUGCUAAACGACCUCUUAGAAAAUCCAGCUGCAGGUGCUUCAGCUGAUGCAACUAAAGUUCUGGUGCUGAUAACAGAGGGAACCCCCAGUGACACUGACAGACGUAACAUCAUAGGACAAUAUCAAGACAAGAACAUCAUUCGCCUUGUCAUAGCGGUCAGAAGUACUAGGCUGGACAGAUUUACCUCCAUUGCUUUAAAGCCGACCAAAGACUUUGGUUUUCAAAUUGAGAACUAUGAUGGACUCACUGGAAUACUGGAAAAUAUUCAGAUCACAAUCCGUAGAAUGGAAGAUGAAUCAACGCCUAUCAAGAUCAAGAAGUUUGGACUAUCAGUAGUGGACGGUCCCACCCGUGGUCCGCCGACUGUUAAGUAUACUGAUCUGGACCAGGUAUGCGCUGGGCCCACUCCAGUGAAUAGUGUAUGCUACAAAAUGGAAGAUGAUCCUCAGCAGUUCUCCUCUCUCUUGUCCAAAGUGUUUUUAGAAUGCAGGAAGAGGACUAUGGACUUUGUCUUUCUGUUUGAUGGAUCAGAGAGUAUGACUGAGGAAGAGUUCAAUAAAAAUAAGGAUUUCAUAAAGGAAAUUAUUGACCUCCUUAAGAACUCAUCAAUCAAGUUUGCAGCAGUUCAGUUUUCCUCAUAUCCCAGACUGGUCUUUGACUUCAAUGACUAUGUUGCUGGCACUGCUCUUGAUAAACUUCAGAAGGAACCUCACAUGAGGAAACUCACCAACACACACAAAGCUCUCACGUUUGUGCUAAACGACCUCUUAGAAAAUCCAGCUGCAGGUGCUUCAGCUGAUGCAACUAAAGGUCUGGUGCUGAUAACAGAUGGAAACCCCAGUGACACUGACAGACGUAACAUCAUAGGACAAUAUCAAGACAAGAACAUCAUUCGCCUUGUCAUAGCGGUCAGAGGUCCUAGGCUGGACAGAUUUACCGCCAUUGCUUCAAAGCCGACCAAAGACUUUGGUUUUCAAAUUGAGAACUAUGAUGGACUCACUGGAAUACUGGAAAAUAUUCUAAUCAGAAUAUUUAGAAUGAAAGGCAUCAAAGUGACAGGGGACAAGAAUAACAAAACGCCUCAGAGCAUCUUCAGCGCUGUCGUCAUCAACGAUACUGCGCUGGCUGUGCUUGGUUCAGUCAGAUCCAACAAUUGGUGUGGCCUGCUCCAAAGGAUUUAUGCAAGAGAAAAAAAUCAAAGCAAGGAUCCAGGCCUGAAUCCUGCCUUCUACAUUGAAAACUCUGUUUCUGUUGGAAAAAGGAACAAUAUUCAUCUGCAUUUUACUGGAGCACCACAGUUUGAGCAGAAAGGACAGGUUGUCCUUUACACACAUGACUGUGAGAACUGGAUUCCAGUCCAAAGACUAAAUGGAGACCGGAUGGGCUCCUACUUCGGUGCAGAGCUGUGCUCGGUAGAUAUUGACUCCGACGGUAACACUGACUUCCUGCUGGUGGGAGCUCCAAUGUUUUGGAAUCAUCCUAAAGAGAAGCGAGAAGGUCAGAUCUACGUCUACACACUGACGGACGAGAUUGAACUGAGACGUGAGCGGAUCGUGGCAGCGUCAGCCAAGGGCAGAUUUGGCACCACCAUAUCAAGCAUUGCUGAUCUGAAUGGAGACGGACUUAGAGACGUUGCUGUUGGAGCCCCUCUGGAGGACGAAAACAGAGGAGCUGUGUACAUCUACCUUGGCGACAAACAAAGCGGGAUGCGCAGCACUUUCAGCCAGAAGAUUAUGGGUCAACAAAUUCUACCCGGACUGAGAUACUUUGGACUGAGCAUUGAUGGAGACAUUGACCAUGAGGUGGAUGGACUGCCACAUAUCGUUAUUGGAUCACUGGACACAACUGUUGUCUUGAGGUCCAGGCCUGUUUUCAAUAUCCUGCCUCAACUCUAUAUUCAGCCUGAAGAAAUAAGGAUUGGAAAGGACGGCUGCCUGGUCAAUACAGAUGAACGUGUAUUAACACUCUGCUUUAAAAGGGUAGAAACGACAGAGAGCAAAGCAGGAGUAGGCAGCGUUGGACUGAACAUCUCGUACGACCUGGACGUGGAUCCAAAGAGGCAAACACGUCGAGGUUUCUUCAGUCAAACCAAUGAAGCCAGCAGACACACUGCUACACUUGAGAUCGGGCAUGAAGACACCUGCCGACGCUUCUCCAUCCACAUACCAAGUUGUGUGGAAGACACAUCAUCACCCAUCCGCAUCACACUAAACUUCUUCCAAGUGGACAAAGACAGCGCCAGUGGCGUUCUGGAUGUGGACAGCGUACGGGAGGCUGUUGUCGAGAUUCCCUUCCAGAAGCAAAGCUGAGAAAACAGCAUCUGUAUGUUGUAAAAAUGAGUGAAAAGGGCCAGAGCUGAAAUUACUCAAUAAAACCAUGAAUGAGCUCC